CAUCCUUCCUUUUCUUCCCUCUCCCUUCCCUGCUGCUUGUAAUAUCAUCUCAUUGCCCCGUCCCAUCCCGUCCGCCUUCUAAGCUACAAUCCGUGUCGCCUCAGCCUCCGCUCCCAGCUGGUCCCGCCUCUCGCUCGCUCCCCUUCCCUUCUUCCCCACCACGCAGCUCGCGCCGCCGCUGAUCUGACCUCCUCGACUCUCUACCUUACACAAUUGACCGUUUUAAGCGCCUCACUCUGCUUAAUUUGCCUCUCAUGAUCUAGCGAAUCGUUAGGAGAAUCCCACCUCGUCCAUUGGACCUCGCUGGGUUGCCUCUACAGCCUCUUUUCCCCCUUCCCUUCCCGCUAUUCUCCCAAAGGCGGGGUUGCGUGUCUCUCUUGGCUACAUAUCCACCCAACCGCUGCUGAGCAGUAGUUCCUGACUCUCAGUCAGAAUCACCUAAUAAUUCUUUUUUUUUUUUCUUUCUCCCCCUUUUCUCUUUCUUUAUUUUCGUCAAAACUCGGCUCCACCGAAUCCGGUCCUUUCCAAAACUCCCCUUUUUCAUGUCGAUCGGUCUGUCUUGUUCGUUUCGCUUCCAGAAUGGAGUUGCCCCGACUCUCUACGCCGUCGGUCAGCAUCCAUGAUUUCAGCAGUGGCUACGGCCAUCGUCCUUCCUAUACCUCUCCCCUUGCUACCUCCGGCCCUCCAUUUCCUUCGAGAAGUCCCAUGGCUGUCCCUUCCAAGCAAAUACCCGGCUCCGCGCCUCCGCCCCUACCACCUCCCACUCGUAUCACCGAUCUGGAGAAUGGCCAUGACACCGGCUGGUUUCAUGCAAAUUCCAACGCCCGCCUGGCAAACACCAAGCUUCCGCCCAUCAACCCCAGCUCGAGCCUGGUGGGGGGCCACUACCGCCCCGAACCCGUCGAUCAACCGGACCCCAUGGUUAUCGAUGAACCCGAACCCAGGCCGAACAGACCUUCUUUCUCCGGGAAUACAGAUGCUCGUAUCAAGAUUGAGCCACCACUCCUCUCCGUCUCAACCAACUUCUCCGGUUCAUUUCGCCCAGCAGAUGACUUGGAUUGUUCCCGACGAAGCGUAAAAGAUUCCUCCCACGCGUACGACCAACAUCUUCUGUCUAAAAUCGGAAAGACUCCCUCUCCUCGACAAUCUGUCAGCCAUGGAAGCGACAAUAGGUCCCUGUUCACCUCUUCACUCCCCGUUCACCUGCGAAACGGCCUACCGUCGCCAGGAGCUAUUGACAGUUCACCGGGUAUGCUGGACGUGAGGUGGUUCAACAGCCCCCAGUCAGAUAGACUAUCCCCCGGAACCAAGACUGGCUGGAGGGACUAUCUGGACUGUCCAAGCCCUGGUGCCGACAGCAGCGCACCUUCUUCUGCCGUGGAUUACGAUCUGCGCGAUCCGUACCGCCGUCAAACCGGCGGCAUUACUCCACAGCAUGAGGACACUUUCAGCUUGCCUAGUCGAUCCAACAGAGGCAGCUACGACCAGACCAUGUUCCCGGAUAUUGAGGGUGACUUCACGACGACGACCGACGAGUAUUCCGGUCUGUCUCUCCGUCUACGAGAACCCACGCCGCCUCUUUAUGUAAAUGCACCCCGACCAGGAAUAAAGCGAAGGGCAUCUUCCCCGCCUCGUGAUCCGGCUGUUCACGACCGGUUGAUGCUUCACACCAACACCAGCAGUGGCGAGCUUGGUCGACGAAAAUCUAGCACCCAUCUCUUCAUGAAUGGCUUACCGCCCGCGGCCUACAUACCCAGUCGCGAUUCUCUUUCGGCCUCUUCGUCAUCGAGUCUGCGAACCCAUGGAUCCUUUUCCUCGACGGCUCUUUCACUUGCAGGCACCAGUUUGACCAGCGUAUCCUAUGAUCGUCCCUCUCCCGGCGGUCUUUCCCCAACACAUGACCUGGACUCUCUACAAGAGAAACCUCCGGUAAAUAUCGGGUCUCCUGGCGCUCUGGCAGGUCUUUCAAUAACCAGAAGUCCCCAGGCUCCUCCAGGUCCUCUGGAAUCGAAGCCCACAAAUGGAACAAGGAAGAUUCCCAUGCAGAAUGCUCUUCGUGCUGCAAAAGCUGCCGGGUCCAAGAUUGGAGGACUCUACAUUUGUGACUGCUGCCUCAAAAAGCCCAAGAAGUUUGAUUCACCCGAAGAACUCCGAGCCCAUGAGAUGGAAAAGCAGUACACGUGCCAGUUCUGCAACAACCGGUUCAAAAAUAAGAACGAAGCUGAACGCCAUCAAAACUCCCUCCAUCUUCGUCACCAUUCAUGGUCUUGUGCCGCACUUCCAAGCUAUCAGGCAGCAUUUCAUCCAUCCGCGUCUCCCUCGGCCCAGACCAAUUCUGGACCGUCUCAUGACGCCUGUGGCUACUGUGGCGAAGAGUUUCCUAACUUCCCUCAGCCAGACUGGGAACGCCGGUUCGAGCAUCUGACCGCCGUACACAAGUUCGGAGAAUGCAACCGUGCGAAGAAGUUCUACCGUGCGGACCACUUCAGGCAGCAUCUCAAACAUAGCCACGCUGGCACGAGCGGGAAGUGGACCAACAUCCUGGAGAAUGCUUGUAUGAAGGAAGAGAAUCCGAGAGAGUCUCGCCCGGAAAACACGGACGAGCCCCGUCGGGGUCGCGGGUCCUUGAGCUCCACCGGCAGCGGCGAGGGACCAUCGACCACGGGAACCUUGACUUCCAACCGCAUCAGUGCGGUGCUCAGCUAGUCUGCAUGGUUGCUAUAUUUAGUUUGUUGCCUUCUUUACAACCGGUUAAUCUGGCAAUAUUUGACUGUUUAAGCGUUGUAUAUCUUCCCCCUUCUCUUUUUGGGGCUUGGACGGAGUUAUGGUUCACGGAAUCAAAGACAGCGGUUUUGAUGCUUUGCAAUUCAUGAACUAUUGGAUUGGGUAUAGGUACAAGCUGCAGUACCGCUCCCCCCCUCGAAAGAAAGGGAGAAACCCCAGCGAGCAGUUUCGCUGUGAUGUGAUAUGAUAUCUUCAUUUACCAGGGGGAAAUAUCACCUGGCUUGGUUUUGAUAUUGGGAAAACAGGAGUUUCGAAAGUUCUGCACGGGUAUUUGUGAUUUAGUUUCUGAUUGGAAGCUACGAUUGUCAUUUUUCUUUUUCUGGUGUGUUUUCGUGCAUGAGUCGUGGCCCUCCUACCAACAGUGGUGUUGGUGUUGGUGUGCAUUCUAUUGUUUCAGGCAAAGCAUCUCCAGCCAUUGGAUGAGAGAGGAGACAUUUUGAGACAUUUUGGUCCAUUGCAUUUUGGUUUCUUGUUGAUAGUUUCAUGUGGCGGCACACCCCCCCCAGCUAUGUAUAGAGUUGUUUUGCAGUUGUCUGGACCGAAAAUUAAUGUACUGACGUACACUAGGGCAAUGCCAGUUGCAUAGUAAAAAUAAAGAUGAAUGACAUCAGUCCUGCCAGGUUUCAUUGACUUUCAUCAUGGUGAAGUCAUACCACGUUGGAAGCCCUAAGAAUUCGGAUAUUUCGGCGGUACUCUACAUGGUUGCAAAAACAUAAUUGACCAGACCAAAAGGAUACAAACAUGUCUGGCCUAUCGAAUCCCAGCAUUCCCCUACGAAGCACGUCACAAUGGGCAUCGUGUCAGCGAGAGAACUUUUGGAAACUGAACGAGGGAAAAGUUCCGCCUUUCAACACGGGUAUAUCGUGUACUCCUAGUCUAUAUGCAGCUAGCUAGGCAGUCUCGCAGACCCUAAGAAACUGGAAGAGAGGGCGAGGGAGAGACUGGGGGAAGCUGGAUGGUACUAUGCGUCCUCGAACGCAGGCAUAUCCACCACGCACCUCGCCAAUCGACAAGCCUUCUAUUGUCACCGCAUCAUCCCUCGAUAACUGAUUGACACCAUCUUCGGUCACCACGUCUCAGCCUCGAUCGGCUUCACCCUGAUCGGGAUCAACCGCAUCUACCACCCGCACGACGGCAAGCUAACCCUCCCUCCUGAACUGCGCGUGGAAAUCCGGCUUGGGGGGAGGAGGGGGUGAGGCAUAUUAUGAAAUCGCUUUUGGCAGAUUUGGAUAUUCUUAUGGCUGUUGCGGGGUUUAAUACGGUUGACGAGUUUGAUCGGUCUAUUCUUGAGCCUUAUCCAAAGUCUUACACUUACCUCGCUGACGAGGUGCUGUAGUUAUUGGGAUACGCCGUCGGAUAUUAAUGCAUAGAGCGUAUCUGACAAUGCAAGAUACAAGAUGCUCUAUACACGCUUUUUUAC